GGAAGACGAGCUGAGCGUUUAGGGCGACGCCGCUGAGACACAAGACCCCAGGAUCCUCCAUAGAUCAGAGACAGCAGUCCUGCUCUCGGGGAGGGACGGAGCAGCAUGUUCUAGUCGGAUCGCAGCAUCUCCCCGUGGGACGCAAGGACAUGGUGAUCUCACUCUGCCUGGCUCUGGUCACCUACGUGCCCCUGCUGUGGUUGGUGAGGGAGGCCGAUGGGGUGCCCGACCCCGUUGAGAGGGACCUGCUGAUGCGUCAGGAGGCGUCCAGGCAGACGGGCGGGCUGUUGACCCUGACCCCCGCCGAGAAGAGGCUGGACGCUUACCUCCACCAGCUGAAGGAGCAGGAGAUGUCGGCCGCACACUUCCCCCCGGCUCUUCACUUCUUCAAGGCUAAGCAUCUCAUCCAGAAGAGUACCAUCUUCAAACUGCUGCAGGAGAUGCCUAAAGGCGGAGCCCUCCACGUCCACAGCUCGUCUAUGGUCAGCGCUGAAUGGCUGGUGAAAAAUGUCACGUACCGGCCCAACUGCUACAUCUGCUUCACGUGGGACAACUCGGUCCGCUUCCUGUUCUCGGACCGCCAGCCCUUCCCACGGUGGGACUGCUUCUACUGGCAGCUGCUGGAGACUCUGAGGUCCAGGAUAGGAGACAACGCAGGCUUUGACAACAGUUUAAUCCAGCACCUCACACUGUUUACUGAGGAUCCAAAUGGUGAAUAUCCAAACCAGAACGUUGUGUGGGAGAAGUUUGAGAAAGCUUUCAUCGCGGCCACCGGGCUGAUCACUCACGCGCCGGUGCUGAAGGAUUACUUCCACCAGGGCCUGGAGGAGCUUUACGCCGACAACGUCAUGUAUCUGGAAGUGAGGAGCAGCCUGUGCAGGACGUACGAGCUGGAUGGAACCAUCCACGAUAGGAUCUGGACUCUGAAAACAUUUCAACAAACUACACAGAACUUUAUAAAAGACCAUCCAGACUUUCUCGGUGUCAGGAUCAUAGUUUCUGUCAACAGGGCGCUGACUGUAGUGGAGGUAAAAGCAGCUGUAAAAGAAACCAUCCAGCUCAAGAAGGACUUCCCAGAUGUGAUUGCAGGAUUUGACAUGGUUGGCAGGGAGAGCAGCGGGAGCACGCUGUGGUACUUCAGAGAGGCCCUCUCUCUGCCAGCCCAGAUGGGAGUAUCGCUGCCGUACUUCUUUCACGCAGGAGAGACAGACGAUGAAGGGACCGCAGUGGAUCAAAACAUCCUGGACGCUCUUCUGUUCAACACAUCGCGUAUUGGACACGGAUACGCGCUGGCACACCAUCCCGUCGCCAAAGAGCUCUCCAGAAAGAGAAAUGUCGCCGUGGAGCUGUGUCCCAUCUCAAACCAGGUGCUGAAGCUGGUGUCUGACCUGAGGAACCAUCCUGCAGCCGUGCUGAUGUCCGAGGGCCACCCCAUGGUGAUCAGCUCCGAUGACCCGUCUCUGUUUGGGACCACGGGUCUCUCCUACGACUUUUAUGAGGCCUUCGUUGGCAUCGGGGGCCUGAAAGCAAACCUGGGGACUCUGAAGGAGCUGGCUGUGAACUCCAUCAGAUACAGCUCGAUGUCAACUGCUCUGAAGGAUGCAGCUCUCGUCUCGUGGCGGAAAAAAUGGGACGCUUUCAUCUCUAAAAACUCAUGACAACUGAAACUCAGCGGAUCCUGUUUGACUUGAAUGACGUUGGGAUUACAAUUCAACUAAAACGAAGACUUACGGGCCAUCAGCAGUCUUUAAAAAGAAGAAGGAGCUUUAUUUAGGUCAUCAUACCACACCUUGUUUUGGGAAGGUACUGUGAUCAUCAUUGUACUCAUUUCUUUUAAAUCCUCUGGGAAAGAAGGAAAAACCAAUUAACCAUCCUUGCGAGAGAGUAAAGUUAUUUUUUUGCAUCAGUACAAAGUCCAAUCACUGAUGCAAUAUGAAUUAAGGCCAUAACUCACAUAUUGUUUGUCAAGAAAGAGAAAAAGCGAUGUAAAUAAAACAUUCAAACAAAAUGGACAUAAGUUCUGACCAGUGCAUUUUGCUGGUUUGCCGUGCGGCUCAAAGACGCCGUUUCUGUGGCCCGUCGCCCCCAAAGACGUGCUGUAUCUUCCAGACUUGAGAAGUGCACUGCUGAACGACGAGUCUGAAGGAGCCGUCUUGGCCUCGUGUCACCUCCAGACAUCUCUCCGUGUCCCUGUUCCUGAUAGCACCGCCCUGGGGAUAAAACUCAUCAUCAGCCAAGACCCUCUCUGCUGCAUGUUUAUAUUCUUAAACUAAAAUACCUACCUGUUUAAAAUCCCAUAACAUAUGACGUGUCUUCUGGGCCGGUUUGCAGUUGUACAGUCCCGGGAGGAGCCCGGAGCCGGGGUCCACCACGCAGCGGUCGGUUAACUGUUUGUGCGAUUUGAAAGCGCCGAUGUGGAGUUGUCCAUCAGUGUGGUAGCUACAGUACUGAGAUGCAGAAUAACCGUCACGCACGCGUGAAAAUAAACAAAACCCAUCCUUGCAUGAAGUGACUACGUUUACAUGCACUCAAUAACCCUUUUAAAACCCGAAUAUUGGUAAUAACCCGAAUUUGCACGGCCAAGUUAACACCAAUAACCCCUUUGAAUAACCUGAAUUUGCUCAUAUUCCGGUUUUUAAAAAAACGAAUAUGACCCCUGGGUUACUCUUUUUAAAACCCGAAUAUUCGGUCAUGUAAACGCCAAAGGGAAUAUCCCGAUCAAACUGAACAUGAAUUUGUUAUCGGCACAUGCUCUGUUUGCAAGGAAUCCUGGUCUUUUGAGUCCAGGAAGUUCUUAUAAACACGGCGAAACGCAACACCACGCCACACUUUUGGAGUGAGGAGGAGACUAAUCACUUCAUAAAUGUAAUGAAGGAUAUGAACAUUUCUGCAUUUGUAGACGGUAGAAAGUACCGGGAUAGCGAGAUUUACAGAAAAGCGAAAGCGAAAAAGAGCGAAAAGUUGCGCAAAGCAGCAUUUGUUUUGAAUUUGGAUACAGGAAGAAGAAGCGGAAAUGGCGGUAAUUGCGUCAUGAUCUCCGUGCGUCGCUGGUUUGAUCGAGAUAUCCCAAAUGAUUAAUCAUCAUGUAUACAGGGAUAACCCUGUUUGCUCACGAUGUAAACGGAAUAUUCUGAAUAUUUCAGUAACCGGAAUAUUAGCAAUAACCCGAAUUUUGACUGCAUGUAAACGUAGUCAGUGAGCGUACCUGAGAGCUGUGGAAGUGGCAACCAUAUAAGAUGGGUGUGUCUCCAGGCGUCGGCCCUUGAUCCACACACUUACCCGGAGCCCGGUCAUUGAUCAGCUGCCAACACAAACAGAUCUGUCAGGUGUUUCUCCUUCAGAAAAAGCAACAACCUCAACACAUGCAAAAGCUUCGACACGUUAGGGUCAGCUGCUGUUGAGCAAGUUAGGGUUUGCUCAAUCUUCUUGUCAAUGCACGGAUUUUGUUCAUCAUUUAGGGGACUGAAGGACAAUUGUUCCUCAGCGUGUACUUCUUUGGAAGUCUUUCUGAAAGAGUUUAAGUCAACUUCCAUUGUUCUUAUUAAUGUUAAUAUCUGCAAUUACAUAUUAAAAAGGUACUUUGCUGUUCCCCUGCAGGAGUAUAUGACUAUAUUUAAUCCACAGCGUAUUUCUUUUCUCUUAUUUGAGAGCAGGAUUGUUUUCAGGCUCAUAUAUAAUAUGAAACUGCCUUCACACUCAGUGUGUCGAGCUCUGCUGCCUCGGCAAGUGUCCCGCCGUCUCUGAGACGCAACCCUGUCAAAAUACCCAGUCAGCAGAAAGCCAGACGUGAACAUGAUUUAGAGAUGAAUCACAGCAAGUUUACACGCAAGGAGAGACUUUCAGAGUGGACAGAGACUACCUGAGCAUUAAAAACAGUUCUAGACUCUUAAUUAAAGUUAAAAAGAUAUUGUGUCAAGCAGCUUGUAGUCAAUUGCUGCUCAUUGUUGGGACAUUAAUAAGAGUGAUUGGAUUUUGUGAUGCCCACUUUUCUUUGCCCCUCCCUUGAUCUAAAAAACAAAAAAGCUCAGCAUUUUGGAGAUCAAUCAAAACAUAACUUUUGCAAGUCACUUAAACAUCCAUCUCCUGAGAUAGAGCUCCAAUUUAAUCAAUUUGACAGCGAGACUUGAACAAAGCUGUUUAAAAACUUGAAAGUCCUCCACUGCUCGCAAACGGAUGAACAGACUUUGACUCACAGCUCCGUAACCAAACAGGUCCGUCGUGGGUUGCAGCAAAGGGUAAACAUUAUCCAGGUACCACCGAAAGGGCUUGCACUUCAGCCUCUCCUUGAGCUUCUUUCUCUCCGUCACAUCUCCGAUGUCAAUCCCAUGAUUCUGUUAAAAAAGAAGACCACAUGAGGCCAUUUUUAAAUAAUUAGGAUGAUCUGGAAUAUUUGCAGCCUUUCAUAAAACCUAAUCGGGUUAUUUAGAUGAAAAAGGCUGAAAGUCAUGUGGGUAAUAAUGAGACGUCUGAUUAUACUUGUAUGGGAAGGUUCCAGGCAACGUUGACGUGGUACUUGUAUUCAUCCAGCCAGACCUCUGCCACCCUCAGGCCAUUACGCUUCAUCAUGGCAUGCAUGUCUGGGAGGUAAGGCUUAUGUAUUCGCUCAAUGUGGGCAACUUUGGAACAAGGAAUCACUUCUAUGCUGCCUCCACACAGCCACACCUGCAGAAAUGGUACA